AUGGAGGACCAUCAUGCCUCAUCAUCUCCGAUUUGUACCUUGAAAGUAGACAUCAAGUGUUGUGAUAAGUGCCCGAUUAAAUUGAAGAAAAAGUUAUUGAAAACCAAUGGAGUAACUUCGGUCGACAUUGAUUCAAAGAAAGGGACAGUCACGGUUGUAGGCGACAUAGACCCUAUGAUACUCAUGCAAAUGUUUGAGAAGAUGGGCAAACCGGCAGAGCUUUGGUCGUUUCAGAAGGUCCCCUCUCAAUGCAAACCUAGUGGCUGUAACAACAACAAAAAAGAAGCUCAGUCUGCAUGUGAUGAUGAUGUUUCUGAUCAUGAUCAUGGUAACGAGUACGAAUCCAAAAGGAGCGGCGCCACUCGCACUUCGAUGGAAGGUCGCGGCGGGUUUGGCUGGAGAGAUGUUUUCCCUCCCUCUAGCAGUACAAGGUUCUCAGGGGCAUUACCCAAUCCAUUGUAUUAUCCUGGUCUUACUCCUUCAGGUUAUUAUCGACCACCACCACCGCCAUUACAACCAAGGUCGACACACGGAUAUGGGUAUGGGUACUUUCCAUCGAGGUCAACACAUAAAUUCAACCCUAUGACCCAUUAUACUAGUUAUUGGGAUAAUUAUCGCCUCUCACCGUAA